AUGGUGUUUUUGCUUCGGCCAAAGGGCACUAGGUCAAAGCUAGGGCGCCAUGUCUGCGAACCACAUCGAUUGCAAGAUCACAGCUUCAUCGUAGUCGUCAAGUUAACUCAGCCUUGCGCGACACCCGCCAACUGCGCCAAGCUGGCUUCCAAGGCAUUGCUGCUGCUUCUCUCCUCCGGCUACGGCUCUCGCUUCACCCAAACGGUCGGAAGAAACCAUUACUUCUCGAAAGAAGCAAGAAUACGAGUAUACGUGCCUACGAGACUGCUCUCCACAACGGCGACCCGAUCCGUUUUUGGCUUCCUCAACCGUAUCAUAAAGACGGCCUUGCCAGACAGCGAAAUGAACAAGAGAGCUGCCCCGGGGGUGAAUGCAACAGCUAGCCCCCCCAAGAAAAGAAAGACGGAUAAUGUGCAAAAGUUCUAUGCGGUCCAAGCUGGAUUUCGCCCUGGGGUGUAUAUGACAUAUGCCGAGUGCUCAGCCCAAACGGCUGGUUUCAGGGGUGCUGUUUUCAAAUCCUUCACCUCGCGGUCCGAUGCAGAGGCAUUUGCGGAGGGGAAGAAGGUCGCGGCAUCUUCUGAUGAGCCAGAGAGGUUUUACGCCGUGGCUGUAGGCAAUCCGACGGGCAUUUACACAGAUUGGAAUGAAGCGGCGCUGGCUAUCAAGGGCGUCAAGGGCCCCAAGUACAAGCGGUUUGGAACACGAAUGGAGGCGGUCGUCUAUAUUAAACAACAUGGCAGUAGGGAAGCCAUUGAAGCUCUAGGGGAAACAUAUGCAGCGGCGCCAGUUGAACUACCGGUAUCUCCAACACCGGUAGUAGCUUCCACAAAGAAGACGGCGUCUAAGACGGCCGCAAAGAAAGCUGAACCGGGGGUGCAGCGUCCAGCCGAGGACGUUUUGCAAAUUUAUACAGACGGCAGUAGCCUUGCAAACGGGAAAGCUGGUUCCAGAGCAGGCGUGGGUGUCUAUUUCGGAGACGGGGAUCCCCGAAAUGUUUCUGAAAGACUGGUUGGCGACCCGCAGACUAACCAGCGUGCCGAGUUGAUGGCCAUGCUUCGGGCAUUAGAGAUUGCACCCCUCGAGCAGACGGUGCAGAUCAUCAGCGACAGCCAGUAUUCAAUCAACUGCGUGACGCAAUGGGCUAUUGGAUGGAAACACAAAGGGUGGAAGACGGCAACUGGCGAGAAUGUCAAGAACCAGGAUAUCAUUCGGGCUGUCCUGGACAAGAUGGACGAGAGGACCAAGACCGGCGCUAAUACCUACUUUCAUUGGGUUAAGGGACAUGCGUCGGAUAGAGGAAAUGUGGCUGCUGACAGGUUAGCUGUACGAGGGGCAAAAAUGGCUUGUUGA